AUGUCGAAAGUCAAAGCUGCUAAAGGUUCGAAAGGUUCCAAGUCCUCGGACUUGCUAACAAAAGUGAAAGGCGCAAGCGUCACCAAGCCCGCCCAGACCGAUAAGAGCAAGAGCAAGGUGAUUGCGAAGGAGGUCGCAAAGAAGGAGAAAAAGUCGAAGAAGGUCAAGGAGCCAACUCCCGAGCCAGAGAGCGAGUCCGAGUCCGAUACUUCCGCCAGCAGCUCCUCCGAUUCCGAGUCCGACAGCGAAGUCGAGACGAAGCCGGUGACCAAGGCAAAGCCCAGCGCGAAAGCUGCGGCCAAAGAUGUGAGCUCUUCCGAGGAGUCCAGCUCCGAUGAGAGCGACUCCGAUGCUGAAGUUCCCAAGACCAACGGUGCCGCCAAGGCCGCCGCUCCUGCCGCAGCCGAUAGCGAUUCCGACUCCAGCAGUGAGUCCGACUCCGAGGAUGAGAAGCCCACCAAAGUCUCUCCCAAGACGAACGGCGUCGCGAAGGUCAAUGGUGCCGCUAAGAAGGAUGAGUCUAGCGACGAGGAAUCUGAUGACAGUGAGGAUUCUGAAGAUGAGAAGCCCGCUAAGUCUGCAGUCAUGGGUGGCAAGCUUGCUGCACCGAAGGAGGAUGACGAUUCUUCGAGCGACGAGUCCGAGAGCGAUGAGGAGACUGCCGUCGAAGGUGGGAAGGCUGCUGCUAAGGAUGAUGAUUCAUCCGAAGACAGCAGCGACGACUCCGAGGACGAAGAGGAGGCCAAGCCAAAGAACAACAAGCGCAAGGCCGAUGAUGAAGCACCCAAGGAAGCCCAGAAGAAUUUGUUCGUUGGUAACCUUUCCUGGAAUAUGACUGAAGACUGGUUGAAAGAAGAGUUCGAAGUCUACGGAACGGUCAACAGCGUCCGUCUCAUCACUGAUCGCGACACUGGUCGCCUCAAGGGUUUCGGCUACGUCGAAUUCGAGAACCUCGACGAUGCCAUCAAGGCGACCGAGAUGCACAAGAAAGAGCUGGACGGUCGUGAACUCAAUGUUGACUUCUCUCAACCCCGUCCUGAGAGAGCUGAGCGCCAGCAGAACCGUCAAGCGCAGCACGGUGAUCAGCUCAGCGAGCCGUCUGCCACCGUCUUCGUCGCCAACAUUGCCUGGUCAGUCGGUCAAGAUGCUCUCGGCCAAGCCUUCUCCUCGUUCGGCGAGCCCAUCGGCGUUCGUCUGCCUACCGACCGCGAGACCGGUCAAGCCAAAGGCUUCGGCUACGUCACCUUCGCCACCAUCGAGGAGGCCACAGCUGCAAUCCAAGGCAUGAAUGGUCAGGAUCUUGAGGGCCGUACACUUCGUCUCGACUAUGCCGCGGAACGUGACCAGAACGGUGACUCCCGCGGCGGUGGCUUCGGCGGCCGUGGUGGUGGCCGUGGCGGUUUCGGUGGUCGUGGAGGCGGUCGUGGUGGUGGCCGCGGCGGCUUCGGUGAUCGCGGAGGUCGUGGAGGCUUCGGUGGUCGCGGAGGACGUGGCGCGAGCACCAACCGUGGUGGCUUCGGCGACUACAGCGGCAAGAAGACCACCUUCUAA